AAAUAGAUGAGAUAUAUGGGUACACAGCAUAUAGAGAUGACAGCGACGACGAUGACGAUGAUAGUGUUAUCGCGAAAGCAUCUGGAGUCCGUACUGGUUACUUCGUUCACGAUAGCAACGAUUCUGUUCGCGCUCCCGCGCGAGUACAAAGAAGACAAAAUAGGAGGAGGAGGAGGAGGAACAAAAUCCCCGGUUCCGACAGUUAUAUUCAACACCCUCCCUCCUUCUACCUUCCACCUCUUCGUACUCUCUCUCAUCUUUGCCUUCUCCUUUUCUCUCUCUGCCCUCUUGAUCCACUCCUCCUCCUCUGAUCAUAACAACACUACCAGUACUACUGCUGCAAAUAAUAAUAAAAGCAGUGGUUAUUCCCACCAGCAUAUUGUCGUGAAUUUGUUUGGGUGCAUGUCCUUGGCUUCCAUCGCCACGGCUCUUGCCAUCUUGUUCCGGGCCUUGUUAUUAACUGCCACUGAAGCUUAUUAUUCUUCUUCUCCUUCGUCAGUGCCGACCACCGUGCUUUGUCGCUCCUGCUCCAACGCCGGGGCUGUAUUUAUCGGAUCCGGGGACUAUGUUGUGCAGCUGCCGGCGCGGCCUUGCCGGCAUCGGUCAGAUGAUCGGAGACGUUCACUGGCAACAACAAUGAUUGCCGUCGUCAUUCUCAUGGCUUCAGUAAUCUCGACAGCAAACGCAGGUUGUACCCUUCCUCAGGGGACCAAUGGAUCCCAUGAGGUUCUUAUUCCCGGUCACCAGUCAUCAAUCCCUUCAGACGUGCUGACGACGCCUACAUCGGUGACUGCUGAUCUCGCCCCUCUUGAUGUCGUCGAUUCCGGUGGCCAGGAUGAUGAUUCCUGCGGCGGCGGUGGUUAUCAGGCCACGGCCACCGGGAUCCAUCGAAACGACUGCAUUGCUGAAUUUCCACCUCAUCAUGUCGAUGUUCUCGCCAUGACUGGUGAGAUUAGUUGUAUUGAUCAGAUACGAACGGAGGAGCGGGUGGAGGACGAUGACGAGAAGGAUUCCUUCAAGUUUGGGAAUACAAUGGCUCUGAUGGUUUCCAGUUUCCAGCCACACAGUAAUUUGUCCGUGUUAGCUACUUGGUGUCGUUCUUGGUCUCCAUCGCGGUCGACGUCUUCUCCUCCUCCGACUUCUUUGUUGUCAUCGUCGGCCUCAUUUCCGGUUACUAUGGCUCGGUUAGCCGUUGUAUUCGGUUUCACAGUUAAUUUGAUAGCCUUGAUGAUGUUGCGGAGAGGCCACCGAACGGCAGCCAGCUUCUUUAGGCACGCCGGCUUUUUCUCAGUUGCGGUAGCGUUUUUUUCUAUGAUGUAUAUGUUCGUCCCCGAUUACCUUGCUUGGGCGGUGUUGGCCGUGGCCGGUGUUCUGGCGCUAGUGUUCGCUUAUUCCCUCGGCGAAAUAUUAUGAUCAGGUUUGAUUUCGGGUAUGUCUCUCAAUUGGAGGCCAGGAGCCAGGAGGCAUUGGUUGUGGCAUGGGAGUGAGCCAUGUUGAUGGAUGGCAAUGGUUGCAUGUACAAAUUUGGGAGGGACUAAUUUAAAGAAUCCCUUAGUUAAUUAGGAUAUAUACUAAUAAAGUAAUUUUGUGGAGUUACAAA